AUGGACCAGUCGGAGACCAAAAACCUCGUUCUGACCGAGACACAUGGACAGUCGACCCUAGUCCUGAAGCUAAAUCGACCUGCCAAGAGAAAUGCGCUAUCUCAAGCGCUCAUCAAUUCCCUGCUGCGUGAACUCGAAAAUGCGUCUACUGAUCCGCGGAUUUGUUCCGUUGUCAUCACCGGCUCAGACACCAUCUUCUCAGCCGGUGCCGACAUUGGAGAGAUCUGGCGAAUGAAUACCCAGGAGGCUCGUCAGAGGCGGUAUCUUGAAGACCUCUGUCAUGGAAUGGAAAGGUUCUGCAAACCGAUCAUUGCAGCAGUGGAGGGCAAAGCAGCCGAUUUCGUCGUCGCCGCUCGUGAUGCCGACUUUAGGCUUCCAGAGACAUCCAUCGGUCUGAUCCCAGGGGCUGGAGGCACACAGCGGUUGACUGCCGCGAUUGGCAAGUAUCGGGCGCUCUCUGGGGAAGAAGCUUUCAGCGCGGGUCUGGUGAGCAAACUUGUUGGGAAGGGCCAGGCGCUGUCAGGCGCGCUGGAGAUCGCAGAGAGACUAGCGUCUCAGAGUCUGCCGACCGUUAUGCUGGCCAAGGAGGCGAUCUGCAGAGCGGAUCAUUUGCAUCAUGAUCAUGCGUUUGAGCGGUCGUUAUACUACGCCGCGUUCGGGACCAGGGAUAUGGUCGAGGGCGUGACAUCCUUUCUGGAGAAGAGGGCGCCUGUUUGGGAAAACGCAGUCAUCGAGGCCGGCAUUGGAAAGACACCGUUGAAGUACCUAGUUCAGUGCUCUUACGAGGAGCGAGCCACCAGCACGGCGCUGGAGCCGGUCUCCCCCGCGCACCGCACCCACUCCACCCCCGACGAAGAAAGCCAACCGCCGCCGCAGUACACGCGCGAGAAUGACCCAUUCCAACUCUCGUCGAAGCUGAAGUCCGCGGCGGAAAUCUCGCAGAUCCAGCCGCGGGCCAACACAGCUCGCAAACGUGACCGAUGCACGCCCACGGUGGUGGGACGCGCGCCGCUCUCGCUCGCCUCCAAGCGCCAGCAGGAGCUGCAGACGUUCUAUCACGCGCAGAACGAGAACAUUGAGCGGAUGCUGAGGCCGGUGGAGGAGCACGUGCGGGCGGCGCGCGAGCUCAACGCCAACAACCAGCUCAAGUACAAGAUCGCCGUGUACGGCAGCUUCGCGGCGAAUGUCAUCCUGUCCGUGCUGCAGCUGUACGGCGCCAUCGCGUCCGGGUCGCUGUCGCUGUUCACCACCAUGGCCGACGCCAUCUUCGACCCCAUGUCCAACCUGACCCUGCUGCUGUGUAACAAGGCCGUCAACCGCGUCGACCCGCGCCGCUUCCCCGCCGGCAAGGCCCGCAUCGAGACCGCCGGCAACAUCGGCUUCUGCUUCCUCAUGACCGCCGUCUCGCUCAUCCUCAUCGCCUUCUCCGUCCGCGAUCUGGCGGUUGGCUCCAACGCUGAAACCACCGAGUUUCACCUGCCCUCCGUCAUCGCCGUCGCCGUCGCCUUCUGCACCAAGUUCGCCCUCUUUGUCUACUGCUUCGCGCUCCGCCACCAGGUCUCCCAGAUCCGCAUCCUCUGGGAGGAUCACCGUAACGACCUCUUCAUCAACGGCUUCGGUAUUCUCACCUCGGUCGGUGGCAGUAAGCUCCGCUGGUGGAUCGAUCCCAUGGGCGCCGUCAUCCUGUCCGUGCUCAUCAGCGGCCUCUGGCUGCACACCGCCUACCACGAGUUCCAGCUGUUGAUCGGCGUCACCGCUGAUACCAAGAUGCAGCAGCUGAUCACCUAUAUCUCCAUGACCCAUUCCCCUUUUAUCACCGCCAUCGACACCGUCCGCGCGUAUACCUCCGGCCCCCGCCUGCUCGUCGAGGUCGACAUCGUCAUGGACCCGGACGAGUCGCUGCGGGCCACCCAUGACGUGGCCGAGGAGCUGCAGAUGAAGCUGGAGUCCUUGCCGGACGUCGAGCGCGCCUAUGUCCAUGUGGAUUAUGAAACGACGCAUAAACCGGAGCAUUUCCUCAAAAAGGAGCUGUAA